AAUCUCGUUACAUAUAUAUAUAUAUAUAUAAAACGAUGAAAAAAGAUGGAACACCAUACGCAACGAGCGAUAAUAUCCUUUUACCGAAACGGUUUUCGUCUUUUUUAUUUCGUCGUUUCUCUUUCAUUUCCUUUCUUUUGUCUCUCUCUCUCUCUCUCUCUCUUCCUUCUUCCUCUUCUUCUUCUUCACAAGAAAUGUUCUUUCUCGAUAAUCUCGAGCGAUGUAGAGGGGAGAGGGACGAAGUUAGAGAGAGAGAAAGAGAUAGAGAGAGAUCGACAAGAGGAGUGGGGAGUAGAGACAGUACAGGGAGCCGCGAACUACGCGAAAGAGUUCCGGCAUGAAACGUUUUAACCUCUCUACGAAAUUCCGUAUUUCUUCUUUUUAUUCCUCCUCUACUUCUAAUACUUCUCUCUGUGGAAAGUUUCGAAAGACAAUCAAUCGUUUCGUUCGACACUUUGCAAAGUAAACGAUUCGAGGACAUCGGCGGAUGAAAUUAAUGAUCUCCCCUCGAUCUCGUUUGAUUACGAACCUCUCUCUAGCAUCGGAACCCACGCCAGUUUUUCAUCUCUCUCUCUCUCUCUCUUUACUCGCGUCGAGUUUCCCGUUUUAUUCGUCUCUCUCUCUCUCUCUCUUUUUCUCUCUUCGUUUUUUUCUUUCCCUUCCCACCCCCACCCUUUCCUUUCCCCCUUUCUAUCAUGAAAUCAAUUCGUUUUUUUCUGUUUCUUUUCUUUUUUUCGCAAAGGAGAGAAAAGAAUAACGAAGUGUCUUUGUAACCAAGAGAAAAGUCAAUUUAUCGUCAUAUCUACGAGUAGAUUAUAAACCUCGUAAUAAUGGAAGUGGUGUAUAUACAAUAGACAGAGAGAUAGAUAGACAGAUAGAUAGGAGAGAGAGAGAGAGAAAGAGAGAGAGAAAAAGAGACAGAGAGAUUCCCUUUCUCAUCUUGAAUUUCUCGUGCACGAUCGACCGUCUUCGUUCUCUAACAGGUCCUCGACCUUCUCUCUAAAGCCUCCACCGAGCGCAAGCGAUCGGAUAUGCCAAGAAACGAUACCUUCGACCGAUCUCUCUCCCCUCACGCCUCCCUCAUCCCUACCUAACCCAUUCACCCCUCUCUCCUCUUCAUCCCCCCUCCCCGUUUUCAUUGUUUCUCACAUUCAUUCUCGUGGAAUAUCGUUCGAAGAAACGAUAAAUAUGUACGUGAAUUCUAGCAAAAAGUAUGACUCGAAAAGAUCGUAAGGAGGAAACGAACACAUUGUCUUUUUUCUUUUUCUUCUUCUUCUUCUUUAUAGAGAAAAGUACACAUUUGUUUUGUUUUAAUUUAUUUGUUUUUUUUGUUUUGUUUUGUUUUUUUUUUUUUUUUUUUAAUUUUUUUAUUUACUUAUUAUUAUUUCUUGGAAGUGAAUCGGCGGGUAAAAGAAAGGAGAAAUGAAGGCACGGAAAGAUGCCAUUUAAUUUUUUAAUUUUGCUUAAUUUGUAUUUGUUACUAUUUUUACUAAUCAUUUUAAUUAUUAUUCUAAUUGUUAUUAUUAACGUCGUUGCUCUUGUUGUUAUUUAUCGUGAGACAAAAAAAAAGAAAGAAACAAUAUGUCCGUUUGUAAGUUUUCCAAUUUUUAUUUCUUUAUUUACAUCAUCAUCAUUAUUAUUAUUAUUAAUAUCGAUAUUAAUAUAUUAUACCUCUUAUUAUAUAUGAGAGGGCGGGUAAAAGAGAAGAGGGAAAGAAUGAAAAAAAAAAAAAAAAAAAAAAAAAGAAGAAGAAAAAGAAAAAUCGAAGAAAAUAAACUCUCCCGCGCUCUCUCAUCUCCGCGGACAGAUGCGCUCGCUCGCGAUAACGGCUUCCUUCUCGAGGGCAGGCCGUACAGAGGAAGGGGAAUAUUAUAUAUACAUACAACGUACACGUCUAUAUAUAUGUGGUAUGUAUGUAUGUGUAUGUGUAUGUGUAUGUGUGUUGUGUAUGAUGAAAGAAGGGGAAAAGAGGGAGAGAGAGAGAGAGAGAGAAAGAGAGAGAUGGAAGGCAGACACGCGCACGCGGACUCCGCGGUAAAAAGUACAAAAGGAAUGAAAAAAAAAAGAAAGAAAGAAAUAUAAAGAAGGAGAGAAAAGAAAAGAAAAGAAAAGAAAAGAAAAAAGAAUGGGAAGGAAAAGAAAGAGGAAAAAGAAGAAAUCGAGCGAAGGAGAGAAAGAGAGAAAGAGAAGGAAAGAAAGAAGGAACGAACGACGAACGAACGAACGAACGAACGAACGAACGAACGAAGGAAAGAAAGAAAGAAAGAAAGAAAUAAAGAGAGAAAUAAAGAAAGAAAGAAAGGAAGGAAGGAAGAACGGGACCCCGAAUUUUUUGCCGUCCCCUUCUUCGGCCGGCGAGUAUUAUAUUGAUUUUUAUAAAUUCCUCGACGAGAGGAACGGCCAAAGCAAGAAUAUAUACAUACACAUAUAUAUACAUAUAUAUAUGUAUAUACACUGUACAUCAUACGUAGAUAGAUAUAUAAGCAGAAAGGAAUGAGAGAGAGAGAGAGAGAGAGAGAGAGAGUGAGAGAGAAAGAAACGAGAGCGGCGCGUCGUCGAAGCGGGCUUGCAUGAUGUUUCGCGCUAUAUAGACGAAGUUACACGGAGAUUUACGGAAAAUUACGAAAAAGUACGGAAAAGUACGAAACGGAGAAGUUUCAAUCUCUCUCUCUCUCUCUCUUUUUCUCUCUCUCUUUCCUUCCUGCAUUCCUCUUAAAACGAAAUUGACUCGUUUUUCUCCUACUCUUUUUUAUUUAUAUAUAUAUUUAUUUAUUUAUUUUUUUUCUUCUUCCAAUUUUAAACUGCUACCGGUAUUCGAAAUGGUUAUUCGAAAAAGUCGUCGACUAAUAGUAAUAAUUUUAAGCGGGUAGUAAAAAGUUGUUAUAGUUAUUAAACGAGUAGUCGGAGAGUUGUUUUUAAUGUCAGGAAAAUUCCUAUAUACAUAUACGAUAUAUAUAUAUAAACACAUACAUACAUACAUAAACAUACACACACAUAUAUAUAUAGAGAGAGAGAGAGAAAGAGGGAGAAAGAGAAAGAGAGAGAAAGAGAUACUUGCAACGCGCGACACGGCCCUGCUGUGCUUACGGUCGAAAGCAAUCGAAGGUAGUCGAAGCCGUCCGACGAACGUUAGGAAAAGUGGGGUGCUUCCCCUCCUUUUACUCUCGCCGCCCCUCAGUCCCCCUCCAUCCGACCUGCACCCCCUUCUUCCGUGCUUCUUUGUCUCUCUCUCUCUCUCUCUCUAUCCAUCCAUCUAUCUCUAUCUCUCUUUCACUCUUUCUUUCUCAGUCGCUUCCUCCUCUUUCUCCGUCUCUCUCUUUAUCUCUGUCUUCUCCCAACCUCUCUCUCUCUCUCUUUCUCUCACUAUUAUAUAUAUGUAUAUAUAUAUAUCUCUUUCUAUCUCACACUCUCGCUCCCUCGCUUGCUCGUUCGUUCUUAACGUCAAACCACUUAGGGCCGCGAACCUCGGCAGUCAGUCGAUCUUUCCUAGCGGCGGCAUUCCGGCAUUUUCCAGCUGAUCGGGCGCGGGCGGUUCGACAAACGCCAUUUUAAAGAAGAAAAGGAAAAGAAAAAGAUAGAAAAACCAACCGUCAGUGCGUUUGUUUCCGCUUGAACUCGAGUAACGCGUGAGAAAGAAGGAAAGAACGAUAAAAAGAAAAAAAACGAAAGAGAAAGAAAGAAAAGAAAGAAAGAAAGAAAGACAGAUAGAUAGAUAGAUAGAUAGAUAGAGAUAGAUGGACAGUUAGACAGACAGAUAGAUAAAUGGAUAAAGAGAAAGAGAGAGAGAGAACGAGCAGUCACUCUCGCGGUGCGCGAACAUAGUGCGCGAACAGAGUGCGUGAACCGAGUGCGUGAGGGCCGCGUGUGCGGAGCUUCCUCGCAUACCACCUACCUCCCCUCUCUUUGCAACGUUGCCGCUCCGCCCCUCUGCAUCGCUCCAUCCUUCCUACUCUCCCGUUCACCCUCUACAUUUUCUCUCUGUCUCUCUCUCCCCUACCUUCCUCCCUCCCUCACACACUCUCUCUCUCUCUCACUCACUCGCUCGCACAUAGUCUCAUACUUUUUACUUCUUGCCGUCGUUCUCUUCCUGCUCAUCCUCUUCGCUCUUUUACUUCAUUCUUCGUCCGUACUACUACUACUACUACUACUAUUACUACUACUACUACUAUACUAUUCUACUACUGUACUACUACUGCUACUACUACUUGCUGCUGUGUUGCUGGCUGCCACCACUACUACCAACCACUACACCACCACCACACCACAUCAUCGUCGUCACUACUACUACUACUACUACUACUACUACAUCACGACACCACCACCACCUCUACUACUACUACUACAUUCCUUGACUGUAGGCGCGCGCGCGCUCGCGCGCACGAGGGGAUGAUAAUACGAGUCGGAUGAAGCAUCAGCAUAAACGUGCCGUUAGGAGGAUACAUUUAUGACAGAACGAAGAGCCGUCGUCGCGUCGGCGGAAGUCGAGAAGAAACCUUGACUCUGACUAUCAUCAGCGAUCUUUUCCAUCGACGAGAGGGAUAGAACGACAUCCACGACGAAGACGGGGUGGUGGCGGCGGAGGAAGGCGGAGGAGGGUGUACGGUGAAACUCAGCAACGGAGACGAGCGUAACGGCAGCGGGAGUAGCUCAAGAAGAAGAAGAAGAAGAAGAAGAAGAAGAAGAAGAAGAAGAAGAAGAAACAGAAAAAGAAGAAGAAGAAGAAGAAGAAAGAAGAAAAGAAGAAGAAAAAGAAGAAGAAAAAGAAGAAGCAAAAGAAGAAGCAAAAGAAGAAGCAAAAGAAGAAGCAAAAGAAGAAGAAGAAAGAGAAGAAGGAAGUGGAGGAGGAGAAGGUGGUGGUGGUGGUGGUGGUGGUGGUGGUGGAGGAGGAGGAGGAGGAGGAGGAGGAGGUGGAGGAGGAGGUGGUGGAGGAGGGGUGGUGGUGGUGGAGGAGAAGAAGAAGGAGACGAGCAGGAGCAGCAGCUCGUGGUGGCGACGCCGCC